GCGCCGCCCCUCCACUCCGCCUCGCACCUCCACUCCUCCUCGCGCCUCCACGCAACGGCGCCGCCCCUCCGCUCCGCAUUUGCCUUCGCUGGAUCCGGCGAGCCGCGUGUCCUCCGCCUCCACCUCUUCGCCGUCGUCGUCCACCAUUGGGGUCGUCGAGUUCGCCACUCGCCGCAUCCACGUCGAGGACAAGGUCGUCAAAGCCCAGAUCUGGGACACCGCUGGCUAGGAAAGCAGUGUAUAAUCAAUUGUAUUAAGGGUCUAGGCUAUUGAUAUUCCAAGUUGCUGCUCAGAAUUGCUGAGUGAAGAAGGGAGGUGCUUUCACUGGUGAAGUCAGUUUACAAUGGGAACGAUGUAGGAACCUGAUGCAAUCUGUACUUUCGCUGUCCUCCGGGUCCUUCCGCUCCAAUCCAAUCCCCGGCGGGCAGCGGGCGGCGUCGACUGAGCAGCUCUGGGCAGCGGCCAGCGGGGUCGGGGGACGGGGGGCAGCUGUGGCGACCGAGCAGCGCAGCCAGCGGACGGCGGCCGAGCGGCGAGCGCCAGGAGCCAAGCGGCCGGGCCCAGGGCCCAGGCACCAGCGGGUGCGGCGGCGGCGCAACGCCGGCGGGCUGCGGCUGACCAGGUGCCGCAGCGGGCCAGCGGCAUUCCUCUUCCUCAGCAAUCCCUGUUUCUUAAAAGGCCCAAUGUCUACUAUCUCUGAUCAGAAGAAACGUACCUUAGACGCCCUUCAGCAACAGUAUACUGCUGCAAAAGCUAAGAAAUUGCAAGAUGAACAGCUUAAGAGUUAUAAGAAGAGCAAAGUAGAUGCCCCUAAGCCUAAAUUUGAUACGCCAAGGAAAGGCAAAGCUCCAGAACUCACACCUCGUCAAACAUCUGCUCAACCCUCUUCUCAUAAAGGUGUAGCCUUUUCCGGCUCCAAUCGCCAACAAAAACCUUCCGCAUCCUCAGGUGAAGAAAUUAACCCUGUGUAUGCUGAACUUUCAUGUGCCCUUCAUGACAAUUUGUUACAGGAUGAUAUUUCGGAUUUUGAUAGCACAGAGGUUGUCCAGAGUGUUAUAUUUGACAUAAUUCAGAAAGGUGGAGAUUCUGGGAAAAUUACGAAGGGAGCCAAAAAGCUGAAGCUGGAAAAGGGAAUCCUAUUAGAUAACUAUGUUCAGAGGGGUCCUAGACUAGUGGACGCCCAAGCAAGAUCUUUGUUGAUUCACUCAAAGCGAUCCAAACAUCACAUGUCUCUGAAGCAACAUAAGAAAUGUGGUUCAUUUGAGUUAGAUGGUGCAUUCCACAAGUAUGACCUCUAUAAGCCAAUGCAUGAGAUGUGGGCGGCGUAUAUCAGAGAACUUACAAAAAUAACCCCAAAAACGCAAUUGUCCGAAAACCUCCUUUCUGCAGAUCUUCAUGGGGCCCUUCUAAUAGUGGCAGAAUGCAAAGCUGCUUCAUACGAAGGUGUAAGUGGCAUCAUGAUUCGGGAAACUGCAGAGACUUUUGGAAUUAUAUCAGAGGACAAUCGCUUCCGAGUCGUACCAAAAGCUGGUUCGGUUUUCAUCCUCCAAGCGGACUGCUGGAAGGUCACACUGAUUGGCGGCAAGCUCUCGCCCAAGGAAAAGUUGAAGGAGGACCAGCGUCAGCAGCGCGCACAAUCACAGAUCAGAUAGCUUCCAAUCUAGUUGUUCCAAAGCCUCACGGAGGAACAUGUACAGUUAUUUAUCGAAUAAAUUCUCUGAAUGCCACUGAAAAUUUAACUCAUCCUCAUAAUGCCAUCUGAUGGUAUUGAGGGGAUGAUUUUUGUGUCUAUGACAUGUGGGCCCAAUAGCAUUGAAGGAAUGAGUUAAAUUUU